UGAGGAAGUGAGCCGCUAUUGGCUGCGUCGCGAUUUUAGGAUUAAAUGGUUUCUACGGAGUGAUUGAACUUACUCUCGUUAUUUCCUUCUCUGGUGUGUCUACGACGACACCUUUACAGGGUUAAAGAUGGACCUUGUGCUGAACGUUGCAGAUUAUUACUUCUUCACUCCAUAUGUAUACCCCUCAUCAUGGCCUGAGGACCAGCCUCUGCGACAGAUCAUCAGCUUGAUGGUGGUCACCAACCUGGGCGCUGUGAUCCUGUAUUUAGGCCUGGGUUCAUUAAGCUACUUUUUCAUUUUUGACCACAAAUUGAAGCAGCACCCUCAAUUUCUGGAGAACCAGGUGCAACGAGAAAUAAAGUACGCAUUGUGGUCUCUGCCCUGGAUCAGCAUACCCACAGUUGCAUUGUUUUUUGCCGAGGUUAGAGGCUACAGCAAACUGUAUGACAAUGUUGACGAAUCACCGCUUGGGCUGAUUUUCAGCAUGGUGUCCUUCCUUUUUUUUACUGACAUGUGCAUUUACUGGAUUCAUAGAUUCCUUCAUCACAAGUUGAUAUAUAAGUAUUUUCACAAACCGCACCACAUUUGGAAGAUACCAUCUCCAUUUGCCAGCCACGCUUUCCACCCUGUGGACGGAUUUCUUCAGGGUCUACCCUACCACAUCUACCCCUUUUUCUUCCCUUUACACAAGGUGCUGUAUUUAGCCCUGUACGUGUUUGUCAACAUAUGGACCGUCUCCAUUCAUGAUGGGGACUACCGCAUCCCCAGCCUGUUUGAGAAUGUCAUUAAUGGUUCAGCACACCACACAGACCACCACCUCUUCUUUGACUACAACUAUGGGCAGUACUUCACCUUGUGGGACCGCCUUGGAAGCUCUUACCGGUACCCUUCUGCGCUGAUGGGAAAGGGGCCGCAUGACCACAUCAAGAAAUUAAUGACAGAAGGGAAGCUGAACUCAAAUGGUGUAAAUAGGCACAACAAUAAUAAUAAUUGUGCUCAUGUCAAGAAAGAGUAGGUAGACACUCAAAAACAUGAAUAUGUUUUUAAAUGUAAGUUUUCUACCCUUAAAAUAUGUCUUAAUUCAUAUAAGGAUCUAAAAUUCUUCAGAAAUAAUCAGUUAUGCAUAAAAUGUGUUUACUGUUGCCAAAAAGAAACAUGCACAAUAUGUCUAUCAUCGCCAUAUAAAAACAUUCACUAUGGCUACCCAGUUGAUACUCUUUUGUUUGCGUGCAACUUAAUAUGAAUCAUUACCCAUCAUUACUAAAAUGAGUAUUUACCAGGCUGAUCCGUCCCGUAAGCGUCUAUAAUUUUGCUGUCUUAAACAUUCAAAGAAUAUUAAAACACUGUCAGUACUAACCCUUGCCUUUACAUGACCCCGGUUCACCUUUCUUAUAGCAGUAUGCUGUCUUUAAAGUAAAUUCGAAUUUAGCUGUGUUUAUCUGAUCAAAGUUAAGGGCUUUCUGAUUUACAGUCAUCUUAUUUUAAAGGGAAGCUGUAAUCUCUGGUAUGCUUUUGAUAUGAUAUGCACAUUCUUUCCAAAUAAAAUGGAGUAUAUUUAA